UUUGCAAAACCUAACCUAUUGUUUAUUUGGUGUGAAAUCGAGCUGUCAGAAUUAAAAUCCACCGUUUUUUGGUGGAAACAUUAAAACUUAUAAACGUUUUUGAAGGGAUUAGGAAAUUCGUGUAGACUGACCAUAGUCCACGAAUUAUCCAAAGUCCCAAAAAUUUAAUUCAUUUUUGAUUAAAUUCAGUUUAUAAAAAGAACCGGGUCGUUGGCCGCACCCAAGCGAAUACUCGUAUGAUUCAUACAAUAAAAAAAAUUUAUAGUUUUUACAUCAAUUUUAAAAAUAUAGUGAAAUUUUGUUAAAUUAUCUUUCUGAAUUGAGUGCAAUUUUUUUUUUUUUUUUUUUUUUUUUAAAUAUUUGACUUCUAACUUGGAAAAAAAUGACGGAAGUGUAUAAUUUUGGUUUAGAUGCGGUCUCCUGUCACGCAUGGAAUAAAGAUAGAACUGAGGUGGCAGUAUCUCCUAACAAUAAUGAGGUUCAUGUUUAUAAGCAUCAAUCAAUGGGAUGGAAACAAUUGCAAGUAAUGCAAGAACACGAUCAACGAGUAACGGGAAUUGAUUGGGCUCCAAAGACAAAUAGAAUUGUCACUUGUGCAGCUGAUAAAAAUGCUUUUGUUUGGACACAAGACGAAAGUGGUAAAUGGAAUCCUGCAUGGGUUUUACUACGAACAAAUCGAGCUGCUACUUGUGUGAAAUGGUCACCAUUAGAAAAUAAAUUUGCUGUUGGUUCUGGUGAUAGAAUUAUUUCCGUUUGUUAUUUUGCCUCGGAGAAUAAUUGGUGGGUGUCGAAACAUAUAAAACGUCCUUUACGUUCAACAGUGACGGCAAUUGAUUGGCAUCCAAAUAAUAAAGUGCUAGUCGCAGGAUCCACGGAUUAUAAAGUUCGAGUUUUUAGUGCUUGUAUCAAGGACAUGGAGGAUCCACAAAAUGAAAGUGCCUGGGGAAACAGUGGACUUUUAGGAAAAUUAUUUGUCGAGUUUCCCAAUACUCCAAAUGGAGGCGGAUGGAUUCAUGCUGUUGCAUUCAGUCCAUGUGGAAAUAAAAUCUGUUGGGUUGGACACAAUUCAUCAAUAUGCGUUGCAGAUGCUACAAAAGGAAAUGCAGUUGUGAGAUUAUAUACAGAACAUCUUCCAUUUUUAAGUUGUACAUGGGUUGAGUCAAAUUCAAUUAUCGCAGCGGGUCACAAUUGUAUGCCAAUGUUAUACUCGCUUGAUGAUAAUGGUCAAAUUUACUUCGCAUCGAAGUUGGAUAAUACACAAAAGAAAGGUGCAGCCGGAUUAUCAGCUAUGAGAAAAUUUCAAUCUCUCGAUCGUCAAGCAAGAGUUGAAAAUAAUGACAGUGCUCUGGAUAGUAUUCAUCAAAAUACAAUUACAUGCGUACGAAAAUUAUCCAAUUCAAGGUUCAGUACAAGCAGUUUAGAUGGUCAACUUGUCGUAUGGGAUUUAAAGCUCAUGGAGAACUCAAUGGCUGGAAUGAAGAUCGUCUGAAUAAUUGACUUUUAAUGCAAUAUCCAAAACAAUACUAUUGCACUGAGUGCAAUAAUGUAUAAACAUAAUAAUAAAUGUUAACCACUUUCUCAAUUAGUGGUUUAUCCGUUCAAAAAAAAAAAAUGAUUAUUAUUCUUUUUUAAUUCAAAAACGAUACUAAUUAAUAUUACCUAUUCCAGAAUUUUUCCAUUAUAAAUAAGAAGAAGAAUUUUUGUUUAAACAAUCGAAAAAACAUUUUUAGAAGUCAACAAAUUUUUUCAGUAUUUAAAAUGAAUUAAAUUUGAAAAUUGAGGAUAACGAACACCCUUUGACUAUGUACUAACUUAGUGUCAACGGCCUGUAACUGUUUGGUCAUCAUUGAAGCAAAGAAUAAAGGGAAUAUUUAUAGCCACAGACAGAUUGUAACAUGAGUAAUUUGGUGUAAAGUCUGUGAGUUUGAUGAAUUUAUUUUUAAAGUAAGAAAAGAAAUUUUUUUAAAUUCCUUGGAAGAAAAUUGUCUUUUUUUUUAAAUAAAGAAUAAUUGUAAAAAAAAAUUAUUUUCACAGAAAAGAAAAAGUGAGUGGUUUUGUGAAGAGUCAGGUGUAAAGUGGUUCGCCUGCGGUUAGAAGUCAAAAUGAAACGAGUGGCCUAGGAGAAGGCAAGUUGCGCGCAUGUUUUAAUAGUUGGGGGUGCCUUAAAUCUACCCAACGCUCGCUCUAGAAAACCACUGGCUUGUCAAUAGUGGGGGGUAGCCGGACAAGUUCAGUGCGAAUAUCGAUUCAGUCUCGCGCAAACCACCCCCGAGUUCUAUUGUCGAGCCUCGGUUAUAUACAAAAGACAAGAGAGAAAGAGAGAGCACCUCGACGCCGAGCCGCGCAACUCCCUUGUUUUUUUAUGAAUCUCGACGCUUCACACCUUCAUGUAAACAUAGUAUACUUUGAGACUUUUAAACUUAUCUUAUAAACAAACAAAUAAAAAAAAAAAAAAAAUUCUCUAUUAAAAGUUCAUCGCAUAAUUCAGACAAUAAAAUAAAUUUAUAUUGAUUUGCUCCAAAAAAAAGAGGUCAAUUUGUGCAGUGCAAGCAGAGAAACCG